ACUGCGUUCGCGAGACAUUUCUCGGGCUCGUUCCACGGCGUCAUCGCCGCAUCGUUCACAAACAAAUUUGUUCCUGAAUCAAGCAGAACUCGCUGUUCCGCUUCGAAUUUUCUCGUCUUUGAUUUGUCUUUAGCCCGACUAUGAGGGCUAAGUGGCGUAAGAAGCGUAUGCGUAGGUUGAAGCGCAAGAGGAGGAAGAUGCGUGCAAGGUCCAAGUAAACCUCGUGGCCUGCUCCCCGGACAUAUUGUCAUGUUUUGGUAAACAUUAAACGAUAUUGUGACUUUUAUAUUGAAUCAUCUAAACAGUAAUAAACACUUUCUGUUCAACGUA